AGACCGGCUGGCGUGAGCAUUUGAGGUCAAGUCUACACAGCGCGUCCGCGGCAGAGAAACACCAGAAACAUCUAUUCAAGACCGACGAUAGAAAAGCAGAAACUGACACGCUAGAACCGGCGAAACAAAUUUAGAAGAGCGUAACAAUACAAUCAAUAUGAACGGACAACUGAACGGCUUUCACAACUCCCUGAUUGAUGAAGACUGCUUUUUGUUCACGUCGGAAUCUGUCGGCGAAGGACACCCUGAUAAGAUUUGUGACCAGAUCAGUGACGCUGUGUUGGACGCCCACCUCAAACAGGAUCCUGAUGCCAAAGUAGCAUGUGAGACUGUCGCCAAGACUGGAAUGAUCUUGCUGGCCGGAGAGAUCACCUCUCAUGCUGUAGUGGACUAUCAGAAGGUAGUCAGGGACACAAUCAAGCACAUCGGCUAUGAUGACUCUUCCAAAGGGUUUGACUACAAGACCUGCAAUGUGCUUGUGGCUCUUGAGCAGCAGUCACCUGAUAUUGCUCAAGGGGUUCACCUUGACCGCAAUGAGGAGGAUGUUGGAGCUGGAGACCAGGGUUUGAUGUUUGGUUACGCCACUGAUGAGACUGAGGAGUGCAUGCCUCUCACUAUUGUCCUGGCUCACAAGCUGAACGCUAAAAUGGCUGAGCUGCGCCGCAACGGCACCCUGCCUUGGCUGCGACCCGACUCCAAGACCCAGGUGACUGUCCAGUACAGGCAGGACCGCGGUGCCAUGCUUCCCGUCCGUGUGCACACCAUUGUAGUGUCUGUUCAGCACGAUGAUGUAGUCUGUCUGGAUGAGAUGCGUGAUGCUCUGAAGGAGAAGGUGGUGAAGGCUGUGGUGCCGAAUGUCUACCUGGAUGAUGACACCAUUUAUCACCUGCAGCCCAGCGGACGCUUUGUCAUCGGAGGCCCACAGGGAGAUGCUGGUUUGACUGGCCGUAAGAUCAUUGUGGACACUUAUGGAGGCUGGGGUGCUCAUGGAGGUGGUGCAUUCUCUGGAAAAGACUAUACUAAAGUUGACCGUUCGGCUGCCUAUGCGGCCCGUUGGGUGGCCAAGUCUCUGGUGAAGGCUGGUCUGUGCAAACGUGUCCUGGUCCAGGUGUCUUAUGCCAUUGGAGUGGCCCACCCCUUGUCUGUCUCCAUCUUCCACUAUGGGACCUCCCAGAGGAGCGAGAAGGAGCUGCUGGAGAUCGUGAAGAAGAACUUUGACCUCCGUCCGGGCGUUAUCGUCAGAGAGCUGGACCUGAAGAAGCCCAUCUACCAGCGCACCGCCGCCUAUGGCCACUUUGGCCGCGAGUCCUUCCCCUGGGAAGUACCCAAAAAGCUUAAAUACUAAAUCUGUAACCCCCCCUCCUUUCCUUGGGCAGUAGGUGUACAUUACAGAGAAACCUACUCAACCCACUGGAGGGGGGAGAAGUACCAAAACCCCUCUCUCCUAACCUCACAUUCACCCCAUUCCCAAAGGUAAUUCCCCCUCAACGGCGCUGUCCCAAUGCCACUCUACCUUCAGUCCUGUUCUUUGCUGUAUUGUUUUUGAAUGAUCUGUGGAUGGUGGCUGUUUGGUUUUUGUUCAGUUUGACUUUAUGCACCCUCUUGUCCACCCAUCUCUCUUCGGCCCUUCUUUUCUUACCUACUUGCUUGAAUGAUCAAGUGACGGCACAAAUGGGGGUCAAAGGUUGUUCUGUAAUGCUAUGCAUUACUGGCUGAAGCACUAACCCCACAACUUUUUUGUUUUACCAACGAAGUAAACCAAUGCUUACCAUUUUCCAGGUCCACCACAUUACCUGUACCAUCCAGAUUGGGAUCAAAUCCUCCUGUGAAAUGUAGGCAGAAUGUGAAAAAGGAAAACAAAGGUUGGAUUCAACACAAAAGCGUACAAGUUACUUUAAUGCAGGGAUUGGAUUGAGAAAUUUUAUGAGACUUUUUUUACAUGAUCAUACGUGUACUGUCAUGACGGUUUGCUCCUGGUUGCUGCAGCCCAUGUUGUUUUUAUUUCUGACGUGUUACAGAGAAGUCAGAAGCUGCUACCAACUUCUGUGGUUCUGCAGGACCGGUGACGCAAACCUUAUUCCCCGAAACCCCUUUCCCCCCUUGUCUCAAUGGUGAUUCCAGAUGAAACCUCCUGGUAGCUGUUAUGUGAUGUUCUACUAGACCACGGCAGAGGCAAAGCACUCCCUCUCUGUGUUUGGUGACAGCGGGCGUAGAUACAGAGAAGCCCUGCUCCCUUACCGGGGCAGAGAGGACGCCUCUGCCUAUUGAAUCGCUCCAUACUUGAAAACUCAACCUAAUAUUUGCUGGGUGAUCCUCUUGAGCCUUGGCGUCGGUACAGAAAAGCCUGGGAUCUCAAGGUGCGACUGCCUUUAUUACUUUUUGUACAUGAAAGGAAUCGUUUUUAAAGACAAUGAAUACUUUGUUUUUUUUCCUUUGCUUGAACACCGUCGUCAUGGUGUAUGUCCCACGUGCCGGCCCUGUGGUCUUCCCUCAGUGUCCUACAGAAAGCUUUGGGCUCUUGCCACAGGCUGGCGCUGGUAACUGUGACCAUUGUUACUUUUUUACGAGAGCGAAGGCAGGUAGAUGAGACUGUCCAUAUGCACUCGCGCACACGUUUUACGUUCAGGACUCCCGGUGCUCCCGCAGACAGAAGCGAGUCUAGCCGGUGUUGUACAGAGAAACUGGCUUUGUUUACAUGCUCUCUCUGCUGGGCACGCUCGGGUUGCAGUCUUUUAUAUAUAGCUCAUCUUUUGUUUUUAUUUCCAACAAUAUAUUUUUGUUUUAAUUCCAGAGAUUGGUGCAUCAGACUGGUUACUGAAAGAGUAGAAGUGCCUUUUUCUAUUGUUUCUUUUCCUUUGUCACUCCUUCUCUUCCUCUUCCCUCCCCACUUUGUUCACCUGCUCUUCUUUCCUCCUGAGUUUCCUCUCGUGAAUCCACGUGUGAAUCCACAGCUAAUUCCUGAAUUCCCUUCCUUUCAAUGCUCCAUGAUGGUUCUGUCCCUUAUAUAAGUGAACUGAAUAAAAAUUCUGACCCUUAA